CAUGAUUAAAUAUUCUAACGGCUUGCCAAACAUUAUCGUUCGAUUAUUACAAGAACCAUAUCUUGCAGUGCUGCGCCCUCAUCUGGCAGCUCAGAGAAGUUUCACCCGUCUCCCAUAGCAACCAGACGCGCUGUGUCUGGAUACGAGCUGAUGGACCUUCGCAGUGUCCCCUCCGUGGACAACAGGGCGGAUUUUAUUCACCGUAAAGACGAACUUGAGUGCAUUAUUCUCUCUGUCAGUUAAAUGAGGCGUUUAAACUCACGUAGUGUUCUUCAGAGAUGUAGCCUGAUUUUGCAAAGUUAACAUCCACUUGUUUGGUUUUACAGUUUGGUGCAUCCAUUCUUUUCCCUUUUAUUUUUUUAAUAUUGGACAGAAGAUGUUUUCUGUGUUUUUGUAGAGUUAUGCUGCUCAUUGAUAAAAAGAAGAAACAUUUUGAGGAGGAGGAGGUGGUUAAAAAACUGUGCUCGGUGAAUGGGCUGUCCUAUGAAAAAAUAGCAUCUGAAGGGAGCAGCAUCAGGUCACUGGAGAUCUUCUUCUCUGGUUUCCCUCGGAUGGUUGGGCUCUCCUACUUCCCAAAUCUCUGCCAGCUCACCAUCGUGGACCAGAACAUUAACCAAAUAGAAGGACUUGAUGGCUCUCCGAUGCUCCAGGAGCUCUGGAUCGUUCAGUGCCAUCUCACUGAGAUAUCCGGACUGCAGAACUGUAACCAGCUGGAAAAACUGUACCUGUAUGAUAAUCAGAUCCAAGAAAUAAAUAAUUUGGAGCUGCAAGGCAACCUGAUUGUUCUGUGGCUGAAUAAUAAUUGCAUCACUAAGAUUCAGGGCCUGAACACAAUGAACAAUCUGAGGGAACUAAACCUUUCUGACAACUCCAUUGAAAAGAUAGGGCACAACCUUGAUCCCAAUGUCAACCUUGAGAUUCUCAAUCUGUCCGGGAACAAGAUCUGCUUCUUUAAGGAGCUGACCCAGCUUGCCCGUUUGCCCCACCUGAGAGAGCUAGUUCUGAAUGAUCCCACAUCAGGUCUGAACCCAGUGUGUCAGCUGUGCAACUACACCACCCACAUCCUUUACCACAUGCCGGGCCUACAGCGACUAGACAACUGGGAUGUCUCCUGCAAGCAAGUCAAGGAUGCAGCUGAGUCUGCAGUUAUGAAGAAACUGAUGUACUACAACAUGCGUGUUCGCUCUACCCGAAGGAACCUGACAGAGACUCAGGCUGAACUCACAGAAAGGAAGAAAAGUUUGAUGCAGCCGCCUGAAGAGUGGAUCAGGACUCUCAGUCACGCUCUCAAAAAUCUUGAACAGGAACUCUCCAUGUUGCCAUAUGGUCCUAAGAGUUCUACCUGUAAGAUGGAGACUGAUUCAGGUGGACUAAAUGACCAUAAAGAUGCUCUCACUGAAACAACUGACCUGAACACUGACAGCAGUGAUCCUGGCUUGGAGCACAAAAUACUCCUGAAGAUUGAAGCACUGAGGGAAAGACUGCAGCAAUGGACCAGGAGGAUGGAUGAGGUUCAGGUCUGGUAUGAGCAGGAACUGCUCCAAGCCAUGGAGCAGACAGAAUAUUUGGUGCAGUUUUUGUUGAUGGAGCUGGAAAGUGUUGGAAAUAUUCGUUUGGAGGAGGGCUGCUCCACAGAUCCUUGGUAUACUUUCUGUUGCCACCUCCUGCUCUCCCGCUUCUCUCCAUCGGAUUACAAGACCUUUAGCAUCGCCAACAUAAAGAUUAACAGAGUUUUCCGCAUCCACAACAGUGCUUUAAGGCUUCGCUUUGAAGACAAACUUCACAGCCUUUAUGCCAGCGAGGAAUCCGUUGCUGUCUCACACAGGAAUUACAGACAUCGACUGGAAUAUUUAUUCUACAUGGCUGACCCUGAGAAAUGUGGGAAAGAGCAAACUUUGUGCGUUUUAGAGGAGGGUUUGAAAACCACACACCAACUAAAGGUUUUAGAAGGAAAGGGUGCUGUCCCUUUAUCCAACAGUUUAGCUGUAACAGAACAGCCCAGAAUCAAGUUUGUGCUGCAGCAGGCCAGCCAAUGUCACUCCAUGCAAAAACCAGAUAAAAUCCCUUUUAGGCACGGUCAUGUUAUCAUCUGCAAAGUGUUUGUAGGUAACAGCAUGCCUAUUGGUGACGAUGAACUGGGAAACCUGAGCAGAUAUCCCAAAGUCUACUCUGUGUACUAUAAUUUAGAUGCCAAGAGCAGAUCUGCAGCAAGUGAUGAGAGACCCAGCUCAACUAAAACCCCUUCAGGCCCGGAGGGUCGUACUCCCCGCCGAAGGAGGUGGUUUGUGUUUGACCAUGAGCUCGUCCUGCCGGAGUACAUCAUACAUUUUGAAUACAUCACUGCGAACAGAGAAGAUCUGAGCUGCUAUGGACAGGGAGAUGAUUAUCCAUCUGCAGACAACGCAACGGACAAAGCCGCUCUCAGCAUGGAGCCAGCUCUGAAGCCGCAACCAAAACUGCUGAGCCUUGAUAAGAAAACACUGCUGAGUGUGGCCGGAGCACACAUCCUCAGUCAGAUCUCUGAGCUUAACCUUCAUGGGAACAGUCUGAGUAAAAUCAAAGAGAUUUCCAGCUUCUCAACUCUGAGACAUCUCACCAUCAGCUUCAAUAAGUUCACAUGCCUCGAUGACGUCUCCCACAUGCCCAACCUGGAGGUUUUGGACGCCAGCUUUAAUGAACUGGUGACUCUGGAGGGGCUGCGGUGUUUAGGGCGGCUCAGACAGCUCGACGUGAGCUGGAAUAAGUUGACCAAAGCCAGAGAAGAUGCGGGUGUGUUGAGGAAGCACACUCCUGUUUUGCUGAAACUGGACACCAGAUGUAAUGCAUGGAGCAAGCCAGAGGCAGUCAGAAUGACCAUACUAGGCCGUGUUACAACCCUCACACACCUGGAUGGUGUGAUGGUAACAGAGGAGGAGGCAGAUGAAGCUCUUCAGAUGGCUACUGUCUUCAGAAUUAACCAGGCGGCGGUUCUGGCCCACUCUCGUACCAACAGCGAACGUCCUCGAAGUCUCAGCCUGCUGUCGACUGCUCAGCUCCUUUCCCGUUUAGGUCCGGCUCCCUGGGGUCCCGGCAGAGAACUGGAGCCAGACUGGACUGCAAAGAUUACCACCCUGAACCUCGAGAACCAGAGACUUUCCAAACUUUAUCAUCUGGAUAAACUGGUGAACCUGCGCUGGGCCUCCUUCAACCAUAAUAACAUCUCAAAACUGGGCGGUUUAGACACUUGUCUCAAGUUAGAGGAGCUCUCCAUGAAGAACAACAGCAUCAGCUCACUCAAUGGUCUAACAAGACUUCCAUGCCUGAGAAACCUGAGCAUAGAUGAAAACCAACUAUCCAGCCUUGAUGGCUCGGUUCUGGACCAGCUGCCCGCUCUGACCUUUCUAUCUGCUGAAAAUAACUGCAUCACGUCCCUGAAUGGCAUCAAGAACGUUCGCUCUCUUCUAGAGCUCUACGUAGGAGGCAACCAGAUUUCUACAUCAAGAGACAUCUACUAUCUUAAAGGAUUGGAAAAUCUAAUCAUUCUGGAUCUUUAUGGGAAUCCCAUCGUGGAGAAACUGGAAAACUAUCGAACAUACGUUGUUUACCAUUUACCAUCCCUUAAAGCUCUGGAUGGAGCUGCAGUGGAUGCAAGUGAGAGUGAGAAUGCAAAGAACAUGUUCAGAGGAAGGCUGACCACUGACACUGUAGCAGAGAAGCUUGGCUACUCAAACUACAAAGAAAUCACCUGCCUGACCCUUCAGUCCUGCUCCAUUAGGAUGGUCGAUCUGUCUCCACCAGAAUUAUUUGUCAACCUGCGCAGCGUCAACUUAGAGCACAACAACCUCACGUCCUUCUCAGGCCUCAUCCACCUGCCCAACAUCAAAGCUUUGUGUCUAAACUACAACCACAUCGAGUCCAUUCUGCCGAGGCCAAAGCCUCAGGCUCAUCUGUCAAGCAGACAGAUUCUGUACAGCAAAGUCCACUCCAGUGGGUAUGGUCAGCAGAGCCCAUCCAGACCUGACAGGGAUUCUAGGCCCGCCAGCAGCCUGGAACCGCUGAUGGGAAGCCUGGAAGUGCUUCAUUUGAGUCACAAUGGCAUCUCCAAUAUGGCCAAUCUGCAGCUCAGCAGGCUCACCAAUCUUAGAGCACUCUUCCUCCAAGGCAAUGAAAUCAGCCAGGUGGAGGGCUUGGAAGGACUCCACCAGCUCAGGGAACUCGUGUUGGACAGAAACCGAAUUAAAGCUCUGGCCAAGAACUCCUUUGCAGCCCAGAAUGUCCUGCUGGAGCUGCACCUCGCGGAAAACCGUAUCCGAGAACUGAACCAUCUCCAUCCGCUGACGGAGCUGCACAAACUUUUCCUUGACAUGAACAAGCUGCAGGACAUCACAGAGCUUGAGAAAUUAGACGUUCUUCCCACCCUGACAGAGCUCUCUAUAGCUGGAAAUCCUGUUGCCAGAAACUCUCAGCAUCGAGCAGCAGUUGUGGUGCGUUUGUCGCAGCUGCAGGUCUUGGAUGGAAUCGUGGUCACUCUGGAGGAACGGACGAGGGCUGAACUCCUUAGUGGAGAUCCAUAUCAAAGCUCUCAGCACCCUGGAGCACAUCUGCCUACUGGUGACAUUCAUCUACCUGGACUGCUGCCACUUUGGCCUCCCAGCACCACCUUAAGAGGUAUAAAUGGGGGACUACACAACGCCAUGCUCGGGCACGACACCCCGCCAAGCAGUGCAGACGACAAUCAUCACACGCACCGAUAUCAAAAGCAUAAAACAAAUGUAGGUCGAAGCAUCCAAACUGACACCAACUUCAGACAGAGCAGAAAAACAAGAAACCACCUGCCAACCACAGGGCUCCUGUCUGAUGGGAGCAGCACCUGCUCCAAACAGGACCAGGACCACAGAUUCCCAUAUGAUGGUAAACCUCUCCCCAUGUAGCAGUGGGAAGAACGGCAGCAUUUACAGAUCAGCAUCACAAAACAGCAUCCAAACCGUGUUUCUGACAUGAUGUGUGUACCGUAAUACUCCGAGGCUGCCGGAUACCGAUACGCAGUACAUUCCCAUCAAAAGCACUUUUUGUGACUGCGACGUCAAUAUUUUUUCCACAUAUGUGGAUCACUAACCAUGGUAAUCUGAGGAUGAGAGGUAUUGGUGUCAUUUCAGCCCCCAUCCAAUCCUUUCCCUCGACCAAGCGAAAAAAAAAAACCCUGCUCACAGAUGGAAGAGCGUGUGAGGCUGGCAGGCUUCAUCCAUCAGGUCAAAUGCAUCCCCAACAAGUGGAUAAUCCAGCUUUAGAACACCUCUCUGUGGACAAUAAUCUGCAGUCACUCAGAUAAAGAUGUAAUCUUGAAUGAGGUCCAAAUGGAUUUCAGAGAUUGUCGGUUUCAUGUUGUUAGCCUCUUUUCAGAGAGCCAGCCCCAGUUGUAUCACUGACAGGCACAUUUUAUCAGCUGUUCCGAGUUAUAAAACCUGUCUGAAUAUGGAAGAUGUGUUCUUUAAAAUACACUGUUUAUUAAAAAUUUGAUCUGAGUUGAUAAGAAAAUAUAGUUACUAAUCUAAUAAA